GCCCAAUUAUCACUAUCAAAUAUUAAUUCGAAGUGAUUUGCCUUCAUUCGAGUUCCUCGUCGCGGUCCGACGACACCUGAAGGAGUUUUAUUAGAAGCGAGUGCAGGCCGCGCUCCGAUUGGUCACCUGCCAUGAAACUUAUUAAUCCCGGUAUAAUAAGUGCGCGCACAAAGAGAAGCCGCAAUGUUGAGCGGGAUCACAAGAUUAAGCGAUGGACACAGGCAGUACGCUAAUAUCGCGAGAUCAUUUGGAUAGAAGUCAUGGCAUGAGCACUGACACGAUGUAUCUUCUAGAUCUUGUUCCAAACAUAGAACACAACAUUAGUAACAUCCUCUGUAGCUCUGAUAACAAUUGCAAGUCUCCCGAUGGGAAACUAACGCCAACGGACAUCAAGAGAGGAGAUGGCAGCGAUGUGGAUAGCGCACCCGCGGAAGACAACGACCUGAAAUCGUCGGAGUCGCAUCUCUCGAAACAGAAAAGACAUCGAACCCGUUUCACUCCGACUCAACUCAACGAGCUGGAGAGAUGCUUUGCAAGGACGCAUUAUCCGGACGUUUUCAUGAGGGAGGAUCUUGCUGCACGCAUUGGUUUGACCGAAUCAAGAGUACAGGUGUGGUUUCAAAAUCGUCGUGCCAAAUGGAAGAAACGUAAGAAGACGACCUCGGUCCUUCGCCCCCCUGCACCGAUCCUUCCUUCCCACCUAGCACAGAGUUACAACCCCAACCCGAUUGACCCUCUAUGUACUUACCACAACGAUCAUAGAUGGUCCGCAAUCGCACCGUCCGGCGUGCCCACCAUGGCAACGACCUCACUUCCUUCGAGCAACUUCAACCAAUCAAGUCACGAUCUUCUUCAACAGCCCUAUCAACCGAGAUCGACUUUAAGUGGCUUGAAUCAACAACUCGCACAGACCCCUCAACUGGGCUAUCAAACGGGGGGAUUUCCCACAAGGGACAUGCCUAUAUCGUCGUCCCCUACCCUGCAAGACCUGCAGUGCAGUAUGCCGAACGGGGGGGAGUACUGGCGUGGCACCAGUAUCGCGCACCUACGAAGGAAAGCACUUGAACACAGUGCAGGAUUUGGCUACCGAUAAACCAUUUCAAAUAAAUUCAAACUCUUCAUUAUCAUCAGUGCUUAGACCGUGAUUCCCACAAGGGGGAAUUUUGAAUAACUUAUGUGAUUGGUCGUCAAUAAUCAUGACAACCAAUCAUGUGCAUGCGAUUUCUUUUCCACCUUUUAUGAAAUUUUAUUAGGUAUUUAAUCCAAGAUGAAUUUAAUCAUUCAAGAAUCGUUCGUCAUUUGAAAGUUUUCUCGGCUGUUUUUUCAGCAAGUCAAGAAUUUGUUUGAAGGUCUCGCUCUAGAGGUGACGUAUCACUCCAAAAAAAAUUUCUUUUAAGGAAUGUGAACUACUGAGGUGAUCUUAAUUAGUCUGUGGUACAGCUGGUUAUAUCUCUUCGCACUUAUUUACAGAGCGACAUGUUAAAUGUUAAAACUAAUAACCAAAAACCAAUCCUUCACAGUGACAAUAAUGGCCAUUCUAUCAGGUAUAAACAAAGUUGGCUACUGUGGAAAACUUUGAACCUAGUGGGAGCAAAUACCCCCACGCAAUAGCUACAUUUCAAAAAUGCCCUUACUUAAAAAGCCCUCACUGAUCUCGCGCAAUUUUGGAGUGAUACUUCCCCUUUUUAUUACAAGUACGUAAAGGUCGGCAGAAAAACUGCAGUCAAAAGACUAAAAACACAAUAAAGCCAGGCGGGAAAAUCAAUCCGACGAAUGGUCACAUAGAAAGAUGAGUAAUUAUUGUACAGUAGAGUGGUGUAAAUUAUGAACAUAGUUUACACUUACCACAUAGGAGACAUGCUAUUUAUUGAAAUAAAUUAGUUCUGAAAUAAAAAUUUCACUUGAAAAGA